AACUAGGCAGCACUGUCACAUGAAGCCGGGGAGGGGAGAGCACUGGAAAUAUAAACGUGGGGACAUUUCAGCGGCAGUUUGGCUGUUUGCAAGGUGGCACCUGGCUCUGAGAAAGGAGAUUAAACGUCCUGCCCCGCGUUGUCCAGCUGGGGAUUGGUGUCCCAGGGGGACGGACAAGCAUCGCCUGGGAGAGCCACCAUCACAGCACCGUCCCUCCAAGGCACCCUUUUCCUUCCAGCCUAAAUGCUCACAUCCCAAGCUGCUGCCUGCAAUUAAACCGGCAACUUAAUCCAAGAGGUGCUGCCACAACACAACCCGGUGACUGUUUGACACUCAUUGUAUCGUGUGCCCGUCAUCAUCUGACCCUGCUGGAGUUAUAAAUACAACAACAAUAGAGCCUUAACUGGAUUAUAAUUAGACAAUGAGCCCAGGAGGAUGGAAACAAUGAACUAUAAAAGCCCAUCUAUCCUCGCAGCUAGGAGGAUCUACACACAUGGGAAGCACUGGAAUGGAUGAGUUACCGGAACCUGUAACAGAAAAGCUACAAAUUUGCCCCAAAUUGGAUUCAGAGCAUACUCUGACGGCUCACGCUCCUGCCACCAGGUAUUACAAAGCCCUGGUCGCGGGAGACCUGAGAAGCCUCGAGGUCCUGACUGACCGAUACUAUCAAGAUGUCAACAUGGUUUUUGAGAUCAGUAAAAAUGAGCUGGAGUGGCAAGUGAAAAGCCAAGGAUCUUAUGGACUCUCAGGGCUGUGGUCGCUGGAGUACAAGCGGGAGCUGACCACCCCGCUGUGCCUGGCCGCUCGCUGGGGCCACACCGCCUGCCUGCGCCAUCUCCUGCGCCGACGGGCUGACCCCAACCUGGCGCCGGGGGGGCGCGGGCCCCUGCACGAAGCCUGUCUGGGGGGUCACACCGACUGCGUCGAGCUGCUGCUGGAGUACGAGGCUGAUCCCAACCUGCAGAGCGAUGAGGGCCUGGCCCCGCUGCAUCUCUGCACCACUCCAGACUCCCUGGGAUGUGCCAAGCUCCUGCUGAGACACAGGGCCACUGUUGACCUGCCCAGCGAGGAUGGAGGGGAGACAGCACUGCACGUGGCAGCCAGGCACUGCCUCUGCGACCAUGCCCGCCUCUACCUAAAGUACGGAGCAUGCGUCGAUGCACGUAGCGCACGAGAGGAGACAGCCCUCAGCAUCCUCUGCGGGCAGGCACUGGGCACCGGCGAGGAAUGCCUGCAGCUUUGCCGGCUGCUGGCUGCCCAUGGCGCUGACAUCGAUGCCCGAGAUGAGACACGGAGGAGCCCCUUGCACAAGGCGUGCGGGGCCGCCAACGCUGCCCUGGCACGCUUCCUCCUGCUGCGCGGGGCUGAUGUCAACGCCAUGGACUAUGGUGGCACCUCCCCGCUACGCUGCGUGCUGCAGAGCGCUAUCUUCAAGCAGGACAUUAGGCCACAUCUCACCGUCCAGCUGCUGCUCAACCAUGGGUCCCAGAAGAUAUGGCCUGCCGCCUUCGUGAAGGUGCUGAAGUCUUGCGCGGCUGUGCCAGAGGUCAUCGAAGUCCUCUUCAAUUCCUACUCACAAAUCCCCAUCUCCGAGAAGUGGAUUGAGGCCGUGCCAGAGGAGGUGUUUCAGCAGCACCAGCUAUUCUAUGAGUCCUUUUUCCGGCUGGCGGGCACAGUCCGGUGCCUGCAACAUUUGUGCCGCUCCGCCAUUCGGCAAAAGUUUGGCAGCAAAUGCCAUCGCCUGAUCCCAUUGCUGCCUGUGCCCAAGCCUUUGCACGAUUACCUGCUGCUGGAGCCCGAAGGAGUCGUGCUUUGAAGGGCUGAGAGGAGCCAACCAAGGGCUGCCAUCCUGCCCUCCCUUCCCUCGUCCUCCCUCGCUGUAGCGCAGCAGCAUCCAUUUCUGUCAGUCGAGCUAAGGAGCGCCGGUUUUCAUGAUAGAUGGUUGUUUUUCAGGGAUUUAUAAUGUAACUAAAAUGUGCUUUCGGCUGUAACUUUGUAUAGAUUUUUUUUCUAAUUGUGCUUUAAAUAGAUUAUAAAGAGUAAUAAAAUGAUUAGUAGCUGUUACAAGCAUGCUGCAGAUAUGAAUAAUAUUCAUUAUAAAGGAUGUCUGCAAAGCAGCGGUGCUCCUCAGGUGUGCAAAGGCAAGCACGCAUGGCAGAUGACUAAUAUCAGCCCACGUGGGCAUCAAAUCGCCUUGGAUAAAUCUCCCCCAUGUGUGGCACAAGCAGAAUUGGAACCACAGGUACAGCACAGAAACUGUUAGCAGGAUGCAAUAUUCAGUGGCACUAAUAUAGACUGUAAGAUAGACCAAAAAUCUAUUUUUUUAAUGUAGAAGACACCAAAAAAGAGCUGGUUACUCCCUGCAGGACCAGAUGCGGGGGGAACGGUGGCACAGCCCCUACUUCUCCCAAAUUCUCAUGGUCCAAGAUGCACCACUACCUCCUGUGCCCAUCACUGCUCCAAGGCCGACACGCAGAGCAGCUGCAAAACCCAGUGGUAACCUGAAGGGGAGGAUUUGGGGCUUUCUUUUCAUGCUGUGACUUGGCAAAAGGUACCAGGGAGGAGCGAGAAUUUGUUUUCCCAGACCCUCAGGCUCCUCAAAUUAAUUUCUGUUGAACCAAAGCAAGUAGACGUGUAUGCCCCUUGGAAGAACAGCUGUCCUUAUGCUAGCAGCUCUGCCACAGCACUCGCCAAAUUGUUCCACUGCUUAAUUAUACUCACUAUUUAAAUAUAUAUAUAUAUAUAUAUAUAUA